AUGGCUUAAGAGAAUAAAGUGGGCUAAAUCAAAUUGACCAAAACUGAGAAAACUUAUUAUAAUAAGUUGUUUGAUAAGUAUGCUACUCCUCACAGAUCAAAGCUUAAUAAGAUCUAUUCUUUAGCUUAAGAAACAGAGAAGAAAUAUACGGAAAAGAAGGAAUUUCUAGCUGCUUUAAAAUUGAUAGCUAUUUAACAGAAUUUUAAGAGUCUAGACAACAAAGACACUCUAAUGGGGUCUUCAAAAGUCCCUCUUAUCUAGCUUGAAGGUGAAGAGGAAUUCGAAGAUAAGAGACUUGAUAACUAUAAAGUUGAAGAGCAAAAAAACCCCGAUGAAAAUUAAAUGAAAAGUCUUUUGAAAAUGUCUCAGAUAAGCUUUGGCAUCAAAAGUUCUAUCCAUGAUAAACUAAAGUAGAUACUCUUUUUUUAACAUUCAAUAAAGUCAAAAUUGCCUAAGUAUGAUCCUAAUAAAGUAUACAUAACUUAAAGAAGAUUUACUGAUUUCGAAUGGCUCUUUAAUCAGCUUAGGAGUAAUGAAUUCUACAAAGGCUUAAUUGUACCACCCUUGCCUGAGAAAAAAUAUCUAGGGAACAUGGACGCCUAAUUUUUAGAAAAGCGAAGAGAAGAUCUAGAUAAUUUUUUAAGAGUAGUGAGUACUCAUACGACUAUCAAAUUUGAUGAUAGUUUAUUUGCAUUCCUUGUGUCCCCAGACAUAGAGGAGCUGAAGCAAAAUCCAGGAGCAUUAUAGGUCAUUAUUGAAAAGAUUCAGUAUAUUCCAAAGUUAAAGGAUAUGAGUCUUUCAGAAAUGUCUUAUGCAAUCUAAACCACCUUCGUAGGAGAGCAAAUUGAUAGAUUUGUAUUUGAACCUGCAGAGCUGAAAUCUGAUUUAGAUCUAAAUUAGCAUGAAAAAGAAAUUAAUUAGCUCGAAAGUGUACUUCGAGGUAUAGGUACUAGUAUCAAACUCUAAAAGGAACUCUACUCAUAGGAGUCAUAACAGAUAAAUAAAAUAGGAGAGAUUUUCCAAAAGAUCUACAAUCUAGAUGAUACCUAGAAAAUAAUUGAUUAAAGCAUGAUGAAGGAGACUCAUAAUUUUUAUACUGGGGCAUAAUUUUACUCUGACUUAGAUGUCGAUGUAGACUUAAGACUCUCAUCUAUGCCAAGUGAGGAAGAAAAAAACAGUCAAGGUGAUGAUUAUGAUCACUUAGACAAUAUAACAGCUGAUACUAAAAUCAGAUAAUAUUUUAGUGAAUUUGCAGAAAUAAUGGAUAACUAAAAUCCUAAUCAUCAGUGUGACAUUUAUAUCAGAGGAAAAGUUGCAAUGCUUUAGGGUAUAUUACAGGUUCUUAAAGAUCGAAAAUCCUACAUUAAAUCUUAUGUUAGUAAGAUGUAACUAAAAGUACAGAAAUAAUAGAAGCUUAACUAAUCUUAAUAUGACUCAAGGCAUAUGAUAGAGCUGAAUCAAGAAAUUGAAUUUUUGAGUAAAGAAAUAUCUGAAGUUAAGCAGUCUAUCCUAAAUUAAAAUAUUAACAUUGCUAUUGAGCUAGAAAAAAUUGAUAGUGCUAAGGUUAAUUAGCUGAGAAAGAUUAUGAUUGCUUACGGGAAAUAAAACUUUAAUUGUAUAGACAAAUUAUAUCACCAUUUUCAGAGCAAGGAACUUGACUGA